GAGCUGCCUCCCUGCAGCUCUGCAUCAAUGCGUGGCACGAGCAGGCCUAUGUGCAUGCCCUGAUUGAUCAGCCCAAUGGUGUCUUUUUGGUGUUUCAGAUCCCUCGCAGUGGCCCUGACGGCAAAGAUUACACGGCCAUCUCCUCGGAUCGCUAUGUGCAGGUGCCGUACUUUGACAGCGGAGUGGGUGUGGUGUGGCGCCGCUUUGAGGUAGUUGCAGUGGUUGAGCACCACGGUGACAGGGUCACUGAAGGUCAUUAUCGUUCCGUGCUCAGACUAUCGGACGCGGACUGGUUGCACACAGAUGAUCACACUUGUGCCACUUGCACUGCCUGGUCGGUUGAGCGUAGUCGCCUUGCGUAUCUCUUUUGGCUCAUCCCGGCAGAAGAAGACGCUGCUCCAUGUGCUCCUGAGCUGCCCAGUGCGGCUCCGGAAUGGGAUUUCUACACCAAGUUUUGGCCGUCAAACCAGCCCCCGCCUCCUGUCUCCGAAGGCUCCACGACUGCUCCUGAUGCGCCGGAGGUGUUAGCAGAUCAACGUGAGGCCAAGAUGGCUCGCCAUACCCUUAAUAAGGGACAAGGGGGUGGAAAAGGUCCCGCCGGUGGUCGGGGUGGUGCGGCCGCAACGGGCCGUGGUGGCGCGCCGGCUGGGCGCUCCGCUCCAGGUGCCGCUCAAGGCAGUGGCGGGAGUCCGUCAAGACCGCAACAGCAGCCGCAGUGGCAGCGCUCGGGCGCGCGCGCGGAUGGGCGUGAUGACAAUACCUGGCAUCGCGGAGGCCAAGGCUGGCGCGCUGGUUGGGGCUCCGGCGGCUACGGCGGCGGAGGCGGCGACGGUGGCGGUGGAGAUGGCUUGGCGCAAGAGGUCCGAGACCUUCAGUAUGCUAUGGGUUUGGUUCAGAGGUUGGCUCUCCGACUGGAGGAUGCCUCGGUCUUGACUCGGAUUGAGUCAAGCUUUGUCGUCAACCUCAAGAUGAAUGUGCCCUCCAGUGUCGUAUCUAUGCUCUUUGCAGCAGCAGCCGCGUGGAAAAAGGUCAAGGAUGAAGAGCCGCAACGACUCGAUCGACCGAUGCGGUGUGCUCUCUUGGUUUGCUUCUUCGCUGAACUUCGGGAGCGAAUGUUGUCGGUUGUGGAGCAAGAGGACCAAAUGAAGGAGAUGGAGUCUAUGGGGUGGGUGGUUCGGGGCCCGCCCGUGGUUUGGCACUUUGUCAAGUGGGACCAGGCUACGCAGCGGCAGAUCGUGGACACCACAAGGCCACCGCUAAGCCAAGCGGAGCUGCUUGAGCUGGUGGCACAAUCCUGA